AUAAAUUUCUUUACCCAAAGAUUUUGCAUUCUUGGUUGUGGAUGUGAUAUGUAGAAAGUGUUUCAGAAAUUACAGAGAAACGGAUUUCACUCUCCUGAACUUCUCAAAACGUGCAUUUAUUUUGCAGAACCGGAUAAUAGAAAAUAGGAAAAAUGAUUUCUGCCUGUUUGGAAUUCCUCGCCCUGGGGCUGUGCGGGUCUGGUACCCUACUGGUGAUGGUGGCGUGCGGGCUGCCAAUGUGGAAAGUCUCCGCUUUCAUCGAAGGCAACAUCGUCGUAGCGCAGAACAUCUGGGACGGACUGUGGAUGUCCUGCGUUGUUCAGAGCACGGGUCAAAUGCAGUGCAAGGUGCACGACUCUGUGCUGGCGCUGACCACAGACCUGCAGACGGCCAGAGCGCUCACGGUCAUCUCCGCUGUCCUGGGUGUGCUGGGCCUCACCUUCACCAUCGCCGGCGCACAGUGCACCAACUGCAUCAAAACCGAGAACACCAAGACGAAGGUGGUGAACGCCGGUGGAGUGAUCUACAUCGUCAGCGGCUUGUUCGUGCUGAUUCCUAUCUGCUGGAUGGCGAAUAACAUCAUCUCCGACUUUUACAACCCGCAGAUCAUGCCUGCCAACAAGCGCGAGAUCGGGGCUGCGCUGUACAUUGGAUGGGCGGCCGCCGGACUUCUACUUGUUGGAGGCACCAUUCUAUGUUGCUCCUGUCCUCAACAAUUAAAGUCUUCAUAUCCCAUAAAGUACGCCCCGACAAAGAGCGUCACUCAAAACGGAGACUAUGACAAGCGAAAUUAUGUUUAAGCGUAGGUCUACCGAGGGUUUAUAAUUUUGCCUCACGAACCUUUAACGGAUGACACCUGCAGGCUACUGUAGGGUGCUUGAGCGCACACCCCAGUCGCUCGCUCGCGAGGACAGCUGUUUGGUGUCUCCGUGGCAUCUUCAAGCACCCCGUCAAGGAUGGACUCAGUACUUACAUUUACAAGUAGGCUAUGAGAGGAACCGCUCCUUAUGUCUGAAACUUUUGUUGUUGUUUUUUUCUAUGUAUCUGUCAAAUUCUUCUAGCCAGUUGAAUGAGAUAAUGAGAGUACUCCAUUCGUUCGUCUUGGAAUCGAAACUGAGAUUGUUUAGUGAUAUUUGUGUUUAGAAUAUUAUUUCAAUCGGUCUAAGCCUACAAGUUCAAUUGGUUGCAACCAAAAUUCCCAUCAGUUAAGACAGUUUCAUCCUUGGUAGGCCUAAUUAGACACGGUCUGCUUAUUAACAGCUCCAUAUAGCACAAUGAAUAGCCUCCAUUGUUUGUCAAGUGCAUAGCUAUGCAUAGCCUAUAUCUGGCUGCACCCUUAUCACAACAAUUGCCCAAUUAUACUUCUAGCAAAUCGACUGUGUAGUAUGUUUGACGUAGCUCAUAUGGUCAGUACCUCUGUAUUUUUCAAAGAAAUAAACAAACAGGUUCAGGAAUUGUUUAUGAACGUCCUGUAUGAUCCACUUGUGCUGUACAUUGUGACUUUUCAUGUGUAUAAAUGAGCUGUAAAGAAUCAUUGUCUAAUAAACUUGUACAUUUUUUUGAAUUAUGAAUCUCUUGUACAAGAGCAAGGCACCUAACCCCUAAGUCCUCCCCAAGCGCCACUGUAGCAGGCGGCUCACUGCUCCGGGUUAGUGUUCCCUCACGGUAUCUAAAGAGUAUACUAUACUAUUUAUAUACUAUACUAUACUAUACUAAAUAACAACCAGAAAAUCCAUCAAUUAGGCCUAAUAUGAUCAAUACAUCUGUUUUACAUGAUCAAUUUCCAUGCUUAUAAAUUAGCUGUAAAGAGUCAUUGUCUAAUAAACUUGUGAUUUUUUUUUAAUUAUGAA